AUGCUUAAUAUUUGGCAGCCGAGGCACUAUUUUUGUCUCUCUUUCUCUUUUUUUCCUCUCUGUUGUUUUUAUAUGCUUUUCUUUUAUCACAAGUAUUCCGCCAUCUUUAUUGUUCCCUUCUUUUCUUUCUCUUCUUUUGUCUUUUUUUCUUUUUUCUUUCUCUAUUUCUCAAUCUCUUUGCGUUAUUCUUUCUUUCUUUCUUUCUUUCUUUUUCUCUGCUUCUUUUCAUGUUUCCCUCUCUUUCUUUUUGUCUCUUUUCUUUUCUCUAUUGUACCAUCCAUUUCUUUUGUUCUCCUUUUCUUUCUCUUUUUAUUUCUUGCUUUUCUUUUCUUUCUCUUUCUCUGUCUUUCCAUAAAUUUGUGUUGGUCGUUUUUUUUUAAUCUCACUCUUUUCUUUGUCUUCUUCUCCUUUUCUUUGUCUUUCUAUCUUUUUCUUUCUCUAUUCCUCUAUCAUUUAUGCAAUUAUUUUCUUUCUUUUUUUCAUUUGUUCUCUUUGUCUAUUCCCUGUUCUGUUUUCUCUUUUCUUUCCCCCCCCCUUUUUGUCCAAUUUAACAUGUAUUUAUUUCGUUCUUCUUUUCUUUCUCUCACCCUUUUGUAUUGUUUUCAUCUUUUCUUUCUCUAUUCCUUUUCCAUUUGCUUUUUUCUUUUCUUCCUUUCUAUCACUCCUUUUCUUCCUCUCUUUUUCUUUCUCUUUCCUUAUUCCAUGUUUCUUUUUUAUUUUUUUCUUUUGUCUAUUCCUCUUUUUCAUGUUCUUUUUUUCUCUCACCCUUUCCUUUUCCCUCUUUCCUUUUCUUUCUCUUUCGUGUUUUCUCCGUUCCUCCAUUCCUUUAUCGUUUUUCUUUUCUUUCGAUUUUUCCUUUACUCUCUUUCUCUUUUAUUUUUUUUCUUUAUACCUUCUUCAUUUGUGUUCUUCUUUCUUUUUUUCAUUCUUUUCAGACAUGGAGUAUUGCUGCCAUAUAUGGUCUGGAGCCCCCUCUGUUUGCCUCGGGGUUCUUGA